CUGUCACAUGACCAUCCUCACAGGUCCUUUCUCCACAAUCUAUUCUAUCCUGCUGGGCUCCAGCCCCUACAUGUACUGGUCACAUGAUUGUGACAUCAUCACAGGUCCUACACCUCCAGUAGAUACAGAGCAGGUCCUGGACGAGCAUAUCUUGCUUAUCCAGUUGUCUCCUCUUUUCCUGAAUGACCCCCAAGGAUGGACAAGGACAGGAAUGAGAUGACUAAGAGAAUAUUACACUUCACCUUGGAGAUCCUCCACCUGCUGACCGGAGAGGAUUACACCAUAGUGAAGAAGACAUGGGGGGAGUGUGUGGCCCCCAGCCAUGAGUCAGGAGGACGGAGCAGGACCCGGGGCCCCAUCAUGGAGCCUCCACCUCUCUCACUGAUACAUGAGGAGAAGAUCCUAGAACUCACCCACAGGAUCACUGAGCUGCUGACUGGAGAGGUUCCUAUAAGGUGUCAGGAUGUGGCGGUCUAUUUCUCCAUGGAGGAGUGGGAGUAUGUAGAAGGACACAAGGAUCUGUACCAGGACAUAGUCAUGAUGGAGGAUCACCGGCCCCUCACAUCACAAGAAGUCAUUGAUAGAAAUCCACCCGAGAGGUGUCCCCGCCCUCUGUAUUCCCAGGACUGUCCAGAGGGAAAUGUCCCAGAGAAGCAUCAGUGGGGAGAUCUGACUAUUAUUAAAGUGGAGGAUGAAGAAGAGAGGAUGAGGGGCCAUCACCCGUGUAUGAGGGACGUGCAGGAGGAAAUUCCAGGAGGUGUUACCCCAGAAAAUCCCAGUAAGAAUUCUGAGGGAAACUUCAUUUUAUCCCUAAAUGAUAAAGGAGAAUAUGAAGAUAUGAUGGAGCGCUCCUCAGGAGAAGACCUCCUUACCCCUAAUGUCCAUCCAGAUCUAUCCUAUAAUAAUCCACCUGAUCAUGAGGAACCUUCUCCUGACCAACCGCACAUUGUUACCACAAGGACAGGUCAGAAAGGGAGGAAAAGGAUUCAAUGUGAUGAAUGUGGAAAAGAGUUUACUAGAAGAUCAAAUCUUUUUACACACAGGAAAAUUCACACUGGGGAGAAGCCAUAUUCAUGUUCAGAAUGUGGAAAAUGUUUUAAAAGUAAAUCAGAGCUUGUUAAACAUGAAAGAAUCCACACAGGUGAGAAGCCGUAUUCAUGUUCAGAAUGUGGGAAAUGUUUUAGAAAUAUAUCGCAUCUUUCAAAUCAUGAAAGAAUUCACAUGGGAGAGAAGCCAUAUUCAUGUUCAGAAUGUGGGAAAUGCUUUAUAAGUAAAGCACAUCUUACGUUACAUGAGAGAAUUCACACAGGAGAGAAGCCAUAUUCAUGUUCAGAAUGUGGUAAAUGUUUCAGAGGUAUCUCGGAUCUUGUUAAACAUAAGAGAAUUCACAUGGAAGAGAAGCCUUAUUCAUGUUCAGAAUGUGGCAAAUGUUUUACACAAAAAUCAGUUCUAGUUGUACAUGAGAGAAUUCACACAGGAGAGAAGCCAUAUUUAUGUUCUGAAUGUGGCAAGUGUUUUACAACUAAAUCAAAUCUUGUUAAGCAUAAGAGAAUUCACACAGGAGUGAAGCCAUAUUCAUGUUCAGAAUGUGGGAAAUGUUUUAUAUAUAAAUCACAACUUUCUAGACAUGAGAAGUCACACUGGAGACUGAUAGAUAAAAUAAUAAAUGAUAAAAAUCUAAUAAUAUGGAGAAUGGAAAUCUGAGAUCUCAGGUGACAGUAAAAUGUGAUGUUUCUAAGUUCUGUUGUGAGAAUUAACCCUCGAAUAAACUCCAUAAUGAAACCUAAGCAGAAGCUAAAGCCAACAUCAUCUCUUGGUCAUCAGCACCUGGGGUCAUGUGACCUUUGUAGGUAAAUAACGGUAAUGAGAAGUAAUAUGUAAUGCUAUUGUGUAUCAUUUAGUAGUGACUUGUAGCUCUACACUACAGUAUGAUUGGAUGAUUUCUAUGGAUGAUAAUGAUUGGUGAUUUCUAUGUAUUACCUCGGCCUCAUUUCCAUUAGAAAUAUUACUGAUUGUAUCUCAUGUGUCACUUCUGUCCUAUCAGGAUCAGGACACUUCUGUGUUGUCACCAAUAACCCUUAGGCCGGGGUCACACACAGGAUUUUGGUCAUAUUGUGUUAGAAUUCUUCUUAUAAUGGGAUUAGUCAUGUGAUGCGGUGUUAUUAGUGUGUAUGGGGUGUGAUGUCUUCUCUGAUUUACAGAACUGUACAGCGACUGACGUGGUCUGAUACAAUUCUGUAAAUGGAGGAGCAGACUGAUCAGUAUGGACCUGUGUAUAGGGAAGAGACACUGGAGUGAAGUGGAGGGUAACCAAUCCCGUCCAUCAGUCAGGAUAGCGCUCUUGUAGGUGACUGGGAGAACUGGUUCAUGUGGCCAGGAGUGAGAUAGGUCCCAUAUGGUGAAUGUAUGCAGCAUGUCCUGGGACUUCUAGUCUUUGUUGCUCUUUUUAUCUGAUGUCCUCCGCACAGCUCACAUACGCCCCCGCUCCUUUAUGGCUGAGGCCGGGGUUACACUCAGGUUACACACUAGGGCCACUUAUCACAGAUCUCUAUAAAUUACCUCGACAUGGCUGUAAUUCUGGGGAAACAUCUAAAGGGUUAAUAAACUCACUAAAUAUAACGUUAUACAAUGUGAGCUGUGUGGGUCUUAGAAUGAAGUCCUAGAGGUGGUGGCCGGAUGAUGGGACCCAAUGAAAGGACAAGAAGAAGAAUGCAGGAAAUGGGGGAAGAAGAGAAGAAUGAAAGGAAAAGAGAGGAAAGGGGAAAAGGCAACAGGAAGAGGAAGAAACCUCUCGAAUCCAACACCACCAACUACCCUGACAGGAAGGAAGAAGGACGGGUCCGGAUGAGGGCACAGGACUAGGCUGGGUUAGGUAGAGCGGGGAACGGUAACAGAACAAAUAUGAGGCGCGGCCGUACCUCCCUCUUACUUUCAAUAGUUUUUUAUUGAAGAGUUUCAACAAGAAAACAACACAAACAUUGGACUGGCACGUCCACGGAAUAAACAAUGAAAUAUUGAAGCAACUGAGCUUAUUCGAAGAACAAAGGAAAGGAAACCUACGUCAACAUCAUUAGAAGUCCAUCCAAUUAGUACUUCGAAGAAAUAAAAUUCUGUGUCAAAUGGGUAUUGUGUCUCAUCUUAUGAUUUAUAUUACAGAUAAUGAGUCGUUGAGCUA